UCGGAGGAGUGCGGUAGUGAUGGCGGCGCGCUGUGAGACUUUCCUGUCACUGGAUACUACUACUCUCAGCCCUCCUCUUAGCCGCCGGAGCAACCCUCCGGUCUUUAGUUUACAAGUGGCAAUUUGACUUGCUCUGCUGCAUGUCAGGAGGCGCCGUGGAAAGUGUGGAGACUUCCCGCGGAUUAAGCGAUCGCAGCUUAAAAAGGAAAAAAGCCAAACAAAUAAACAAAACCCACCCGCCCUAACAAACAUGAGGCUGCUGGAGAGAAUGAGGAAAGAAUGGUUCAUGGUUGGAAUAGUGCUGGCGAUCGCCGGAGCUAAGCUGGAGCCGUCCGUAGGGGUGAAUGGGGGACCACUGAAACCCGAAAUAACCGUCUCCUACAUUGCUGUGGCAACGAUAUUCUUUAACAGCGGACUGUCAUUAAAAACAGAGGAGCUGACCAGUGCUUUGGUGCAUGUAAAACUGCAUCUGUUUAUUCAGAUCUUUACACUGGCAUUCUUCCCAGCAGCAAUAUGGCUUUUUCUUCAGCUUUUAUCAAUCACACCCAUCAAUGAAUGGCUUUUAAAAGGGUUGCAGACAGUCGGCUGCAUGCCUCCUCCUGUGUCUUCUGCUGUGAUUCUAACCAAGGCAGUUGGUGGAAAUGAGGCAGCUGCAAUAUUUAAUUCAGCCUUUGGAAGUUUUUUGGGCAUCGUCGUAACACCCCUGCUCCUGCUGCUCUUUCUUGGUUCAUCCUCUUCUGUACCUUUUAGGUCUAUUUUUUCUCAGCUCUUUAUGACUGUCGUGGUCCCCCUCGUUAUUGGACAGAUUGUCCGAAGAUACAUCAAGGAUUGGCUUGAAAGAAAGAAACCCCCUUUCGGAGCCGUCAGCAGCAGCGUCCUCCUCAUGAUCAUCUACACCACGUUCUGUGACACCUUCUCCAACCCCAGCAUUGACCUGGACAAAUUCAGCCUUGUUCUCAUACUGUUCAUCAUUUUUUCUGUUCAGCUGAGUUUUAUGCUUUUAACCUUCAUCUUCUCAACAAGGAAUAAUUCGGGCUUCACCCCAGCAGAUACUGUGGCCAUCAUUUUCUGUUCUACACACAAAUCCCUCACUUUGGGAAUCCCAAUGCUGAAGAUCGUGUUUGCAGGCCACGAGCACCUCUCGCUGAUCUCUGUGCCCCUGCUCAUCUACCACCCGGUCCAGAUCCUGCUGGGCAGCGUGCUGGUGCCCACCAUCAAGUCCUGGAUGGUUUCAAGGCAGAAGGGAGUUAAGAUGACGCGGCCGACGGUGUGAGGAAGGAGGCGGCCUCACGCCAGAUGUACAUACGUACAGGGCUGUACAGACACACACUCUGAAGACUCGUGCUUGUGAAUGUCGCUUCGGUGCAUAUUUUAUUUUUUUACACGAAAAUAAGAUAUAACUGUUUAAGUGCCUUAAAAUGUAUUUGACAAGAGCAUUAUUUCCAGAACCUACUUUGUUGCUUACUGUACUGCCAGGGGUGGUACAAGGAGCUGUGUCAUUUUCUUUGUCCUCCUCCUCCUCCUCUUCUUUUUUUUUUUCUCUAAAACAGUCAUCCCAAGCAACAAAAAGCAGGCACGCUUUCCCUCCCCUCUUCUAAGCAACUCGACAGUAGUUACUGUACCUGGAAAGGCAGUCACAGCGCCAGGAAAACGCCCUCCCAGAGACAGUGAAAAUUCCCAGUCUCGCUCCCACUUGCUCCAUUUACUGGGUGAUUCUUUUUAUCUAUGACUGUGACACACCUCUUCUCCAUCAGCGCGGCAGGAGUCACAGUCAGAGAUGUUGAAAAGCAUAAGUGGUCUGCUUUCUUGACAUAUUUUUUAGACAUUUCUUUCACUAAUUCCACACAGAAACGCCACAAUCCCAUUCUAAAAGAUGACGGCCUGAACUUUAUUAUAAGCUGCUUCAAGGAAGGGCCUGAUACUUGAGUUUGGAAUAAAGUACGUGAAGUUUGGAGAUAGAAACCAUAGGGUUGGAUUUCUAGGAUUUUUAAAAUUAAGUGACGGGUUUUUCCUUUUUGCUGUCUUAAUUCCCUUCUUACCAGUUUGACCCCUUAUAGCCAAACACCUGCUGCAAAAACGUUACAGUCAGCUGAAUAGCAACAGCAGCUCCACACGGAUUAUAUUCACAUUCCAGGACUGCGGCCCAGUUGGUUUCCUGUGACACAGGUGUGCUGGGCACAGGCUGUUCCCGCUGGCCGGAAGCAGCCCAUUCCAUCCCAGAAAUAGGCAGACUUGACCAAUGUUUGUUCUUAUGAAUAAGUGAGAACAGAAAGGUCAUGAACAUAAGCAAUGUUACCCGGACACCUGGGAGGACAGAAGUGGACACAGAAAAUAUGAAACUGUUCAUUAACCAAACAUCAAGUAAAAUUAUUUCCCCAUUUGGCAUCAGCUUUCAAAGAGUAUACAAAGUUUGCUUCUACUGUGCCUGGACCGGAAUUCACUGGACCCAGUAGAGAUAAAGCGGUAUCUAGACUUAGGGGAACCCUGUUGUGUUUCCUACACACUCUGCAGCGCACCCUCUCUUUCCAGGUCUUAAUGAGUGGGGGUUUUGGCACCCUGGGGUCACGCUGAGUCACGCUCAAUUCUCAGCAGCUGUUUUGAUGUGGUUUUCUCCCCCCACAACAAAAGUCAUUCCUUAGAACGGCCCAAGUUGCUCAGCAGAUGGAUUGUCCUGUUUCUGCUCUCAGCCGCAUCAUUUCUGAUUCAUUUCCACGUGACUGACAUUCCCACGUUCCGGAAGUUAUCCUCAGUGUGGAGGUACAGCGUGUGCCAAACCCUGCAAAUUGUUUGCCGAAAACUGCUGUUGUGAAGACAUCACUUGUGUCGAAAGCGACAGCAUUUCUGCUUGGUACUUUUGAAACUCUCAGAUGGAGCCCAAAAGCGUCCAUGUCUUGCCCUGCAGCCUUCUUGGAACUUCUUAGUAAAUGGAAUUGCCUGUCUGAGCUGCCCAAAAACCUUUCUCCCUAGCCUAGCAACUGAUUCUUGCUUCCCAACUUAUCUACCUCUAUUGUCGGACACCUAUAGUAGGUGUGAUUAUGGGAUAAAAUUCAACAGAAAAUGCUAUAACGUUUUAUCUUUUGCUUAAAAAAAGUGUUUUGUUUUCAAACAGUCUUUGCAUAGUGAAUUUUGGUGGCUUUAGUGAUAUGUUUGUGCCUUUUUCUUUUUUACACAAAUGCUGUGGCAUAUUUUUCCAUAAAGAAGAAAAAAAUAAAA